GCGACCUUGCGGCGAAGGGGAAGAGAGAUUUUUUCUCCGUCCAUUUGUAUUGCGUCUGCUUUGCAUCCUGAGCUCAUCUACUCGUCCCAUCACCCAUCUUCUUCAUCUUCACAAUUCACCCCGGUUUCCAGGCCUUUGCCCAUCUCCUACCUUCUUCGCUGCUUCUCUGUUUGUCCUUAUACGUGAGAUCAUUAUGAUCGCCUCAAGGUUGUCCAGAGCUCUUCCUCGCUCUACCCCCUUCUCUCGCUUCUCCCAGAUCAAAGCACCCCGAUCAUCAAUAAUCUCGCGGUAUGCCUCGACCGAAGCUCCCGAGUCGACUGAGAAAGUCAAGGGUCAAGUCAUUGGUAUCGACUUGGGAACAACAAACUCGGCCGUCGCGGUCAUGGAAGGCAAGCAACCAAGAAUAAUAGAAAAUGCCGAGGGUACUCGAACAACGCCCUCCGUUGUGGCCUUCACGGAGGGUGGAGAGCGCCUCGUUGGUGUUGCUGCCAAGCGACAAGCUGUCGUCAACCCUGAAAAUACCCUCUUCGCGACCAAACGACUCAUCGGCCGGAAGUUCUCAGACCCAGAAGUCCAGCGAGAUAUCAAGGAAGUCCCCUACAAGAUUGUCCAACAUACAAAUGGCGACGCCUGGCUGGAAGCUCGCGGCGAGAAAUACUCGCCUUCGCAGAUUGGAGGUAUGGUCCUGGCAAAGAUGAAGGAGACUGCCGAAGCAUACCUUGGCAAGCCUGUCAAGAACGCCGUCGUUACAGUCCCUGCCUACUUCAAUGACAUGCAGCGCCAAGCCACGAAAGACGCUGGUCAAAUUGCUGGAUUGAACGUUCUCCGUGUUGUCAACGAGCCCACCGCAGCUGCGCUCGCAUAUGGCCUUGAGAAAGAGGAUGAUCGUAUCAUCGCGGUCUACGAUCUAGGUGGUGGUACAUUCGAUAUUUCUAUCCUCGAGAUCCAGAAAGGCGUCUUUGAGGUGAAAUCUACCAACGGUGACACCCAUCUUGGAGGUGAAGAUUUCGACAUCACCCUUGUGCGCCACCUUGUUCAGCAAUUCAAGAAGGAGUCUGGCAUCGACCUAUCAAACGAUCGCAUGGCUAUUCAACGUAUUCGUGAAGCCGCCGAGAAGGCGAAGAUCGAGCUGUCUUCCUCCAUCCAGACAGAUAUUAACCUACCUUUCAUCACCGCGGAUGCAUCCGGCCCUAAACACAUCAACAUCAAGAUGACCCGAGCUCAACUUGAGCAGAUGGUCGAUCCUCUCAUCUCCAAGACCAUUGAACCUGUCCGCAAGGCCCUGAAGGAUGCCAACUUGCAGGCAAAGGAUAUCCAAGAAAUCAUCCUCGUCGGUGGUAUGACUCGUAUGCCCAAGGUCAACGAGUCUGUCAAGAGCAUUUUCGGACGCGAGCCUGCCAAAUCUGUCAACCCCGAUGAAGCUGUCGCCAUUGGUGCCGCAAUUCAGGGAGCCGUGCUUGCUGGUGAGGUAAUGGACGUUCUUUUGCUCGAUGUUACGCCCCUCUCUCUUGGUAUUGAGACCCUCGGUGGCGUGUUCACACGUUUGAUCAACCGUAACACGACCAUCCCCACCAAGAAGUCACAGAUCUUCUCAACUGCUGCCGACUUCCAAACCGCUGUGGAGAUCAAGGUCUACCAGGGUGAGCGUGAGCUUGUUCGGGACAACAAGCUGUUGGGCAACUUCCAGCUGGUUGGCAUUCCUCCUGCACACCGCGGCGUUCCUCAGAUCGAAGUCACCUUUGAUAUUGAUGCCGACUCGAUCGUGCAUGUUCAUGCCAAGGACAAGUCGACCAACAAGGAUCAAUCCAUCACCAUCGCAUCGGGAUCCGGUCUCUCCGAUGCGGAGAUCCAGAACAUGGUGGAUGAUGCUGAGAAAUACGGCGCUCAGGACAAGGAGCGUAAGGCUGCCAUCGAAGCUGCCAACCGGGCCGACAGCGUUCUCAAUGACACGGAGAAGGCAUUGAAGGAAUUUGAAGACAAGCUGGACAAGGCUGAAGCCGACACGAUCAAGGAGAAGAUUGCUUCUCUCCGUGAGUACGUUGCCAAGAACCAGGCGGGCGAAGGCACUGCCACUGCCGAGGAGAUGAAGGCCAAGAUCGAUGAGCUCCAGACUUCGGCCCUCAGUCUGUUUGACAAGAUGCACAAAGCCCGCGAAGAGUCACAGCAGCCACCCCCGGGCGGUGAACAGCAAGGCUCAUCGAGUGGUGAGCAGAAGCCGUGAAGGGUGAAGUGAAGAUGGAGAUGACGGGUCCCCAAAAGCAACUUGUAUUUUAAUGAUAUCCCUGUACUCGACUUCUUUUUGUUACCCCGGAUAUUGGCCGAUCUUUUCGGACAUUCUUGCCACCAUCGCGGGCAGAGUUCUCUAUGUGUAUUAAUUUUGUUCUUGGGGAAGGACAAAAGGGUUGCUGACGAGGACAUUACUACUGCUGCGUCAUGACUGGUAUGCAUGAGUGUUUGAAGGAGCAUGGAGCGUUACAUUUUGUCACACGCUUUCGCUGGCCGGGAGGAAUGACUGCAGGAGCGGAGUACACGAGGGGGUUUGGCUUGUUCGAGCACGGUUGACGGUUGAAGAAGGGGUGUAAUUAUUUAUUGUAGAGAAGGGCCGGGCACGACACGGACACCUCAGCCUUGAGGGUGGCGAGCCGGGGGAGGAUAAGUCUCGCGGGUGGUGCCCUUGUGCAAAUAGAAAAAGAACAAAUCUCCCCUCAUACA